CUCACAGUCUAGUUGUCGCAAACUGGACCUCCGAUUUCGUUGGUGGGGUUCCCCACCAGGCAGGAACAUUUCAUGGCUCAGUCUUUGUCGAUAAGCAUGUGCUCUAGUGGGGGGCCAUGCGCUUGCAUCAACGCGUGUCGUCUCAUAUGCAAUUCUCCUUUGCUACACUACAUCAUUGUCUUGUCUUUGGUCAAAAGAUUGAGCGUCUGCCUGGAUAUCAAGAGGACAGAAUCUGAACGACCGAUGCAAUCAUGCAUAGGCAACGCCUGUCCCUCGAUGCACUGCCGGCAUGGAGCACGCUCAAUGGCGUCAUCUUUGGCAGGAUCGCCGCAGCAGACAUUGAGGGUCGUGGCAAGGGCCUGGUUGCAACCAGAGAUAUGCCGGGGAAAGAUGACACGGCAGAGAUACCGGCGCUCUUGACAAUACCCAAAGACCUUGUCUUAUGCGCCGAAGGGGUCGAGGAGUUUGCAAAAGAGAACAAGGCAUUUAGACACCUCCUCGAUGCGGCGGGUCAUCAGACUGGCCGGGGAGAUAUCCUCCUCUAUCUUCUGGUGCAAUUUGUACUCUCAUCGGCCAGCAGUGGCGUCCAUGAGUUGGGAGCACAUACCGCCUGGACUCAGUAUUUCAAAAUGCUCCCAGAGAGUGUCCCUCUGCCCACGACAUGGUCCGAGUCGGAGCUGUUCCUACUUAGAGGCACUUCGCUAGAGUCAUCCGUGGAGGCGAAGCUUUCCGCAUUGACGAAGGAAUUCGAUACGCUGAAGGCAAAAAUCGUCGAUAUUCCAUUCUGGCAUGAAUUGCUCUGCAUUGACGAGACUGUCACUGUGCACGACUGGGUCGUGCUCGAUGCUCUUUAUCGUUCACGAUCACUGGAGCUUCCGAGGAGCGGAGAGUCGAUGGUCCCGUAUCUCGACUUAGCCAACCAUUCGGACGCAUAUACCGCACGAUUUGACGAGAACAUCAAUGACGAGGUGGUGCUCGUGUUACGAAGUGGUGCGCGGGUUUCGUCUGGCGACGAGAUCACCAUCAGCUACGGCAACCAGAAAUCCGCAGCAGAGAUGCUGUUCAGCUAUGGCUUCGUAGAAGACGAGGCGCCUGCAAGGAGCCUUGUUCUUCCUCUCGAGCUUAUGGAUGACGACCCUCUACUCCAGGCUAAGUUGCACAUCUUCAAAGCAGGUCCCACUCUGACUCUGGAGGACAGUGAUGGAGACAAGCCAAAUUGGCGCGCCCCUUUUGCUCACCUCAUGUGUGUGAAUGAGGAGGAUGGCCUCGAUUUCAAGAUCUUGCAAGAAACGGACGGCACGCGACACAUGCGAAUGUUCUGGCAAGACGAGGACAUCACUGACAGAAAAGAGUCCUUUGCGGAGAUUGUCAAGGGUCAUAGGAUGGCCAAGAUCUUCGAGCUUCGAGUUGUGACUAUCGUUCUCGAGAGGGUUCAAGGACAGCUUGAGAGACUGAAAGCCUACGAGAGUCUGGAGAGCGAAGAGGCCCAGGCGGCGAUCCGGCCAGAGGUAUUUCAUCCGGCAGUCAGGCUCCGUAAGGCGGAGAGAGACCUGAUGACCAGAGCGCUGCCUAGUCUCGAGGAGCAGAGAGAUGCUCUGUUUGAGGAUGAAAGUGUUCAGGCGUACUUGAAAACCGCGUCCGGUGAUCAAGAUGGCGACGAGGAUGCGAUUGACGAGGAGGACUUCAGUUGAAUCACCCACACCAGUGGCUCUCCAAGUCCUCGUGGACCAUCAUUGCUGCUCAAAAUUUGGUAUAAUGGUGAUCUGCGAGGCUGGUAUCUGCACAGGGCUCCACACUCUGAAGUUUGCAGCUUGAUCUUCCCUAGUGUAAGCAUCCUGCAGGUUAAUGGGAAGUGAAUUAGCGAUGGAGCAUGACGCGUUGAGAUCUGGGGAGAGCACCAAUCGGCUAUUCCCGUUGUCGUCUCUAGUGAGGUUUGGUUAGUAGCUCUUUGCAAGCCCCGGCCAACAGCUUACCUUUGAAAGGCAGCUGGGCGGCUAGGAUCUUGCAGCG